AUGGCUAUUGAUCUGAUGACAUCCAUACAAAUGUCUAAUAAGAAUAAGAAGAAUAAUAAAACCAAAUUAGAUUCAAUACAAGAAUAUUCUGUAGAAAAUUCUAUAUCAUCAUCAAAUAAUGGUGGUGGUAUUGGUGAUGAAACAAUAAAAAAUGUUGAUGAUAUCAAUAAUGUUCCAUUGAAUAUUUUGAAUGAUAAAAAAGAUUUUGACUGUGAUAAUAGUGUCAAUGAUAAUCAUGAUAAUCAGCAACAACAGGANUUAUCACCACAAACACCAUCACCACGAUCAUCAUCGUCUUCAUCAUCAUCAUCAUCGGCUGUGACAGUUGAAACGAUUCCAUUACCAUAUCAUUAUCAUCAUACAAAACAAAAUCCUGAUGAUGAUACGGAAAUUCUUGAAACGCUUCGUCAAAUAUUACGAAUGUGUACGAAAAUGGAUCAAUCAAAACGUAUAACAGCAAUGGAUGUUUAUGAAAUAUUAUCCAGGAAAUCCAAUUUAAUUUAUAAAAAUCCACAUUCUUUAGAUAAUGAUAAUAAUAACAUUAUAAUCGAUGGUUGUGAAUCUAAAUUAUGAUGAUUGAA